AUGAGGGAGGUGGGAUCGGAGGUUGCUCUUGAUCUUCACUUGGAUGGUUUGAUUAUAUCAAAUACAACCAUUUCAAGGCCAGAAGCUGUUGAGAGCAAUCCGGUGUCAGAGGAAGGUGGUGGACUGAGUGGGAAGCCUCUUUUUAAUUUAUCAAAUGAUAUCUUAAAGGAUAUGUAUGUUUUAACAAAGGGAAAGAUUCCUUUGGUUGGCUGUGGAGGUGUAAGCAGUGGAGAGGAUGCUUACAAGAAAAUAAGAGCAGGAGCUACUCUUGUUCAGCUUUAUACAGCUUUUGCUUAUGGUGGGCCCGCCCUUAUACCCCAGAUAAAGGCUGAACUUGCAGGUUGCUUAGAAAGGGAUGGCUUUAAGUCAAUUUAUGAUGCAGUUGGUGCAGACUGCAGAUAAUCAUGAUGCCAAAUUAUCAUGUAAUCUUUUUUUUUUUUUCAUUGUUUUGUAAAAUACAAGCUACUAAAGAGAAUUCAUAUUUAUAAUAUUCUGAAGCUAAAAUUUUCAAGGCUUUAAA